AAAUUUCAAAUCUAUUAUUACAACUUAGAAGAAGUGGGUAAUAGGGAAAUUGUGUGUUAUUACAUGUUGUGGAAGCAUGCAAUAAAAAACAAACGGAAAUUAUUGAUGGAGGCAGGUGGUUGGUUGCGGAGAAUGGAGAUGGCUCUCGAGUGGCAAAAUAGUAGUUUUCUGUGAAAGAUAGUCCCUUUCUCAUAGGAAGAAGCCCAUAAAUAAAAACCCCCUUUCCACGCCAAAGCUCUUCACUUCAUUGGCUCCUUCCUCCCUCCCUCAAUCCUUGCUUCUGUCCGGCCAUCUCAUUGUUAACCAGUUUCCGUUCCACGGCGUCGGCUAUGACAAGCUCGUCAGGCAGCUGCCGGCGGCGAGUAGUCCCGCUUCUGUUGGCUCUACUAAUCUGCACCGCCGCCUCCCACCACCUCGUGUCCUCCCAGAUCCUCGACGGCCUGCUUCCGAAUGGAGACUUCGAGCACGGCCCGAAGAGAUGGGAAAUGAAAGGCACGGUGGUGACAGGCAAAGGCGCCAUCCCAAACUGGGAAACCUCCGGCUUGGUGGAGUACAUCAAGUCCGGGCAGAGGCAGGGCGACAUGCUCCUCGUGGUUCCCAACGGCGCGUUCGCCGUCAGGCUGGGCACCGACGCCUCCAUCAAGACGGCGUCGUUGAGAGUGAGGAAAGGCAAGUUAUACGCCCUCACCUUCAACGUCGCCCGCACCUGCGCCCAGGAGGAGAUGCUCAACGUCUCCGUCUCGCCCCACGGCGCCGCCGCCGCCGCCGCCGGGAUACUCCCCAUGCAGACCAUGUACAGCUGCAACGGCUGGGACGCUUUCGCCUGGGGCUUCAAGGCUCUGGCCGACCAAGUCGUCGUCACGUUCCACAACCCGGCCGUCGACGAGGAGGAUCCGGCGUGCGGCCCCCUGCUCGAUUCCGUGGCGUUGAAGCUUCUCUCUCAUGCCACACGCCCUAAAGGGAAUAUGCUGAAGAACGGUGACUUCGAGGAGGGACCAUACUUCAUCCCAAACAUAUCCACCGGCGUCCUCAUCCCGUCCCACAUGGAAGACGACCACUCCCCGCUGGUGGGCUGGAUCGUCGAGUCCCUCAAGGCCGUCAAGUACGUGGACGCGGCCCACUUCAAGGUCCCCAAGGCCCAGCGGGCCGUCGAGCUCCUGGCCGGCCGGGAGAGCGCCGUGUCCCAGGUCGUCCGGACCACCCCGGGGAAGACCUACGUCCUGAGGUUCGCCGUCGGGGACGCGGGCGACCAGUGCGUGGGGGCCCUCGCGGUGGAGGCCUACGCCGGCGACAACAAGGUUCAGGUGACGUACCAGUCCCAAGGGAAAGGUGGGUCCCAGCCGGGCGUGCUGCGGUUCAAGGCGGUGAAACGUCGUACGAGGAUUACUUUCAUGAGCUCGUACUAUACCAUGAAGAACGACCACACUGGGGCGCUGUGCGGGCCGCUGUUGGACGACGUGACGUUGGUCAGCGCUCGUUACCCGAGGAAUUAGUUCAUGUGAAAGUGAGAGAGAGAGGUGUAAUUAAUUACGUCGUACACUGUCUGUCUGUCUGUCUGGAGGAUGGUUAAUUAAUUUUCUGGAUUGCUUCGUUUGUUUAUUGCUUGGGUUUUCAUGUAGUAGUGGGAGAUCUCAUUAGAGGGCUUAAUGUUUGUUACAAAGAAGCUCCUUUGCAACUGCAGCCGCGGCCCGUCUUUUUAAUUAAGUCAAUAAUAUAUACAGCCCUUUUGAUUAAGU